AUGAGGUGCUAUUGGAUCUUAUUGGCCCUUUUAUCGCCAAAAUAUUCACUCGCAACUCUUCUUCAGUCGGUCUCCUCCACUAUCGAUACCAUAUGUAACAAUGUGGUAUUCUCUAUCACAUUGUUGAACAAGCAAGAGCUGCUGAAACUGAUUAACAAGUCGAGGUGUAAUGAUUAUUGGCUUCUUGGGGAAAAUGUGCUUGCUUCAUCUCAACGAGGAGAACGUUACUGCUACACGCAGGUGGCUCCAGUCUUGUGUGAGAGCAAAUACACACCCAUCAAACCACAGCCAAACUGCGAACACAUCAAGUCAAAGUUUAUGACGAUUGUCAAUGCUUGCACGCAGGAGGGACCUCUGGAAAGGCGAGACUGCAACUGUGCCGGGCUCAACAUGGAGACGCUUACCAUCACAGAUCCGCUUGUAUUCUGCAAACUAGGUUUCGUGUCAUCCGAUGGUGACGUCCGCGUUUCGUUCAAACACAACGAAGUAGACGAUUGCCAAGCUUUGGCGGAAAGCUAUAACCACUGCCAAAAUAUGGGAAAUGCCUUCAACCACCCACGGUUCUGUGUGGACGGUGGAUUCCAAGGAUACUGCAACAGCCGUAUACAAAGAAUACAUGAUGAGACGUACAACGAAAUCUGCAGGAACGUAGUGUUGCCAUUUGUCUUUUCCGUGAUCGAUGGUGGAUACCAGAACGUCUCUUCCAGUGUUUGUAAGAACUCCAAUGAAACGAUUGAGACGGACCUUCUAAAGCAGCGUGAUGCCUUGAUGAGUAGGAGUCAGGCGCUAUUGGACACGUUGGAUUCAGAGAGUGGUUAUCUGUCAUGGGAGCGUGAUAUGGAGGGGAAAUUGCACAGCAUAACUUCCAACCUCGAAGAGCUAGUGAACAUGUUCAACCUAUCGAGCAGAUAUACCUACAACUUUUUAGGUUUGCCCUACAACUUUGACAACCUAGUGCGCUCGGAUGCCGCGAAAGCGCUAAAGCUCUGUGAUGAUCUAGUGGCACGUGCCAAUGGUUUGCCCACAGCAGUAGAAGACAUGACUUCUUUGAUUACCAAAAUCGAUCCGUUGCUGGUGUUGGAUAAGAAGAUACAAGAAGCUUAUAUUCACCUGAAGCACUUUUACUCUUUGAUUACCUCUGGUGCCCACAGUACAAUUCUGGGUAGUCAAUACUAUCGUCCGUUAAAUCGUAAUAUCUUCUUGAGUGCUCGAAAAUCGUUGUCUGAGGUACGUGAGGUGGUAUCAAGUCGGCUAUCGUCUAUUGGUAACUUCCUGGCCUCCCAUGUGGGCACUCUCACUGACCCUAAUAGGGAACGCCGUGUUCGGGAGUCCGCAAGCGAGUUGAAGUUUUUGGCUAGUUUGCACGAAUCACAAUUGCAGUGGUUUAUGCGUCGUCGGGGCAAGAGAUCGGAUCGCGCUGUUUCUCGAUCCCUCGAUUUAGAAAAUCUUGCUAAGAUCGGUGGCUAG